GAUGAAAAUGUUUGCAAUGUAUGGUUUCGGUUUCGUGUAGCCAUGUUUAAAGUCAACCCGGUUGCUGUGACCAGGGGAAGUCGACCUUUCUCCCGAAAACCGGCUCCUGUGGUUCCCGCGCAUGUCCCUCGGUUCUCGCGCAUGUCCCUCUUUUGCUUUUGUUUGUUGACGACGUCGCGACAUGUAUUAUGUCUACGUUCGCUUUCCGUCCGACAACGAGAAGGCGAUCAUGCCUGUUAGUUUGGUAAAGGACUAUGACCCGAAAUCGAACACCGACAUCCCGACGGAGCUUGUGCAGGCCUAUUGGAGGUCUGAGAUCGGGACCGAGGAAGGCUACUACGAUGCGAGGGUCAUACUCGUGGCAGAAUCGAAGAAAGCGCUCCUCGAAGAGAUGUCCCAGAGGAAGCGGAUGGUAAUUCCACGGAUUUUUGAGGGGCCGUUGGAAGCUUCCACGUCAACAACAGGUCCAUCAGCCAAGGCUCUCAAGCAACAGAGGGCUGCCGCAAAGAAACGGCAGCUCACGAGCCUCGUAAGCAAAAGAAAGCUGGAGACCUCGAGCGACGACGAGGACCCUGGUGUCGUCCCCAAGGCGAUGCUCAAGGAGGCCGAGGAGACAAUAAGGUCUCUACGCUUAAAGCUAGGCAGGGCAAGGGAGCCCAGCACGUGCCUUGCCUGUGCUCAAGCUAAGGCGGAGCUGAAGCUCUCCCAGGCGAUGGUUCGGCGCCUGCAGGAGGAGGUGGAGGACCUGAGGCGGACCAACAGUCGCCUGACAAAUGCUGUCCUCGAUAACAUUGGCAAGUAA